AUGGCCCCUACCCCUAGCUCAUGGGGGAAUGACACCCUGGCCGAGGGGCCCACAAGAGAGGCCACCAGUGGGAGGGGCUCUGACCCCAACUUACAGCACGGGGGCACCACUUCUGAACAUCCGUCCCCUUUCUUUCCCCAACUCCCUUACACCAUGCAGCUACCACAGACCAUACGCCCUCCACCGCAUGCACCACGCUCUAACCUCUUAAUCGCUCUAGCCCUUUGGCCUCCACCCACAAUCUCCUCUUUCGGCCCGCUUCCCCACGAAUGGCCCCGUUGGCCAACCAUCGUCCUCCCCGCACAGCCCACCCGGCCUAACCCCACGGAGGGUGAUGUCAUGGGGAGGGAGGGGGUGCACACAGGGCUCCCCCCGCCUGGCCAACCAUCCAUCCUCCCCUCACCCACCUCCUUGGCCUCUCAGCCCCCUCUUCCCUCACAACCAGGCAUGGAGAACCAAAACCAGGUUGGCCGCCGACGGAAGAACAAGGGCAAAGGCGGCAAGAGGCCAGGCCCUACCCCUACAGGCCAACCACCGAACUCACACUCCCCUCUUGUGCCCGCCCCUCUACAGGGCCAUGGGAGCGAACCAGCCCACUCACCCCCGGGCCGCCUCUCCCUUCCUCUAAACCCCCCCCCUAGGUGGCGGCUGCAGCGUGCACUGCCGGGAUGGAGGCCGAUGGUGCUGCUUAUUAAGAGCCCCAGCAGAUCUUCAUCCGCUCCCACCCUACCAGUCCCACAAGUCCAAAUCCAGGCAUAUACGGGUGCCACUCAUGCUGCCCCUCCUCUCAAUUCCCCCCCCCCCACCUACAAGGGCAAAGGCAGCAAGAGGCCAGGUCACCUACUCCCCCUUCCCUCCCUUCCCCUACAGGCGCCCCUCCUCACCCACAUCUCGUUCAACCUGCACCAGGCCCUACCCCUACAGGCCAACCACCGAACUCACACUCCCCUCCCGUGCCCGCCCCUCUACAGAGCCAUGGGAGCGAACCAGCCCACUCACCCCUGGGCCGCCUCUCCCUUCCUCUAA